GCGCGCGCAAGCUGAUGGCGUGCGUGCGGACGCAUGCGCGGUCCUGUGCGUGAGCAAAGCGGGGAGUCGGGUUCAAAGGAGGAAAUAUGGCGGAAAACAAAGGAGGAGGAGGAGGCGGCGGUGGCGGGGAGGGGGCUGGGGACGCCGUGCCGGCGGGGGGUGGACCCGAGCCUGCCGUCGCCGCGUCGGCUGUCGUUGUCACCUCCGCGGCGGCAAUUGCGUCGCCGUCCCCUCCCGUCCCCGCCCCGCCCGAGGAGAGGGAGAGUCCCGCCGCGGUGGUCCUGGCUGCGGUGGCGGCGGACAAGGGCCCAGGGGAGGCGGAGGCCGCGGCGCCGGUGGCGGCGGCGAGCGGAGGCCCUGCUUCCGGCUCACUAGCGGCGCCGCUGGGCCCCAGCCCCGCGCCGCCCGCCCUCUCCAGCGCCGCGCCGGGCCCGCUGUCGUUGCUGGACACCUGCGCAGUGUGCGCGCAGAGCCUGCAGAGCCGGGAGGCCGAGCCCAAGCUGCUGCCCUGUCUUCACUCUUUUUGUCGACGCUGCUUGCCGGAGCCCGAACGCCAGCUCAACGUGCCCGUGCCCGGCGGCGCGAACGGGGACAUCCAGCAGGUUGGUGUGAUCAGGUGUCCAAUCUGUCGCCAGGAAUGCAGGCAAAUAGAUUUGGUAGAUAACUACUUUGUCAAAGACACAUCUGAAGCACCCAGCAGCUCUGAUGAGAAAUCUGAACAGGUGUGCACCAGCUGUGAAGACAAUUCUAGUGCUGUUGGUUUCUGUGUGGAAUGUGGAGAAUGGCUGUGCAAAACAUGCAUAGAAGCUCAUCAACGUGUAAAAUUUACAAAGGAUCAUAUGAUCAGAAAAAAGGAAGACGUCUCUUCAGAGGCUGUUGGAGCAUCUGGUCAACGUCCUGUUUUCUGUCCUGUGCAUAAACAAGAACAGUUAAAACUUUUCUGUGAAACCUGUGACAGGCUGACAUGCAGAGAUUGUCAGUUAUUGGAACACAAAGAACAUAGGUAUCAGUUUUUGGAAGAAGCAUUUCAGAAUCAAAAGGGUGCUAUUGAGAAUCUGUUGGCCAAACUCCUUGAGAAGAAGAAUUAUGUUAACUUUGCAGCUACUCAAGUGCAAAAUAGGAUAAAAGAAGUAAAUGAAACAAACAAACGAGUAGAACAAGAAAUCAAAGUGGCUAUUUUUACCCUCAUUAAUGAAAUCAAUAAAAAGGGAAAAUCUCUCUUACAGCAACUUGAGACUGUGACAAAGGAGCGACAGAUGAAGCUAAUACAACAGCAGAAUGAUAUCAGUGGACUAUCAAGGCAGGUGAAACAUGUGAUGAACUUUACAAAUUGGGCCAUUGCAAGUGGCAGCAGCACUGCAUUGCUCUACAGCAAGCGACUGAUCACGUUCCAGCUGCGACAUAUUUUAAAAGCACGAUGUGAUCCUGUCCCAGCUGCUAAUGGAGCAAUACGCUUCCAUUGUGAUCCCACAUUCUGGGCAAAGAAUGUAGCCAACUUAGGUAAUCUUGUUAUAGAAAAUAAGCCAACCCAAGGUUACACUCCUAAUGUAGUGGUGGGACAGGUUCCUCCCGGAACAAACCACAUCAGCAAACCUCCAGGGCAAAUUAAUCUUGCACAGCUUCGACUCCAGCAUAUGCAACAACAGGUGUUCGCACAACAAAAACACCAACAAUUACAACAGAUGAGGAUGGGGCAGCCUGCAGGGCAGAUCACUCGCCAGGCAAGUCCACAGAUGCUGCAGCAACAGCCUCCAAGGUUGAUAAGUAUGCAGACCAUGCAGAGGGGUAUGAAUUGCGGUGCUUUUCAAGCCCACCAGAUGAGAAUGGCUCAGAACGCUGCACGUCUCCCAGGGAUACCGCGCCACAACGGGCCCCAGUACUCCAUGAUGCAGCCACACUUACAAAGACAACAUUCAAACCCAGGACAUGCAGGACCCUUCCCAGUAGUUUCAGUUCAUAAUAAUACUAUCAAUCCAACAAGUCCUACAACGGCUACCAUGGCUAAUGCUAACCGUGGCCCAACAAGCCCAUCUGUAGCUGCAAUAGAGCUUAUUCCCUCAGUAACCAACCCAGAGAAUCUACCUUCUUUGCCAGAUAUUCCUCCCAUACAGCUGGAAGAUGCUGGUUCCAGUAACUUAGAUAAUUUGUUAAGUAGAUAUAUCGCAGGCAGCCAUCUACCCCCUCAGCCUAUAGGCAGUAUGAAUCCCUCACCUGGGCCCUCAGCACUAUCUCCAGGCUCAUCAGGUUUAUCCAAUUCCCACACCCCUGUGAGGCCACCGAGUACCUCCAGCACUGGCAGUAGAGGCAGCUGUGGCUCAUCAGGCAGAACUGUUGAGAAGAACAAUAUUAGUUUCAAACCUGAGCAUGUGAAAGUUAAGCAAGAGCCAGGCACAGAGGAAGAGGUAUGCAGUUUCUCAGGACCAGUUAAGCAAGAAAAAACAGAAGAUGGCAGGAGGAGUGCCUGCAUGCUUAGCAGUCCUGAGAGCAGCUUGACGCCGCCACUUUCUACAAACUUGCAUCUGGAAAGUGAACUAGAAGCACUGGGAAGUAUAGAAAACCAUGUAAAAACUGAACCAGCAGACUUGAGUGAAAGCUGUAAACAGUCUGGACAUGGUCUUGUAAAUGGCAAGUCUCCAGUGCGGAGCCUCAUGCACCGAUCAGCUAGGACUGGAGGAGAAGGCAACAACAAGGAUGAUGAUCCUAAUGAAGACUGGUGUGCUGUGUGCCAAAAUGGAGGAGACCUGUUGUGUUGCGAAAAGUGUCCCAAAGUUUUCCACCUCACAUGCCAUGUACCCACUCUUCUAAGUUUUCCAAGUGGAGAGUGGAUAUGUACAUUUUGUCGUGAUCUUUGCAAACCUGAAGUAGAAUAUGACUGUGACAACUUGCAGCAUAGUAAGAAGGGGAAAACUGCACAAGGUUUGAGUCCAGUGGACCAAAGGAAAUGUGAGCGCCUCCUUCUUUACUUGUAUUGCCAUGAGCUGAGCAUUGAAUUCCAAGAGCCUGUCCCAGCCUCGAUACCAAACUACUAUAAAAUAAUAAAGAAACCAAUGGAUUUAUCUACUGUAAAAAAGAAAUUGCAAAAGAAACAUUCCCAGCACUACCAGAUACCUGAUGAUUUUGUGGCAGAUGUUCGGCUGAUCUUCAAGAACUGUGAAAGGUUUAAUGAAAUGAUGAAAGUUGUUCAAGUUUAUGCAGAAACACAAGAGAUUAAUUUGAAGGCUGAUUCAGAAGUAGCACAGGCAGGGAAGGCAGUUGCAUUAUACUUUGAAGAUAAACUUACAGAGAUCUACCCAGACAGGACCUUCCAGCCUUUACCUGAAUUUGAGCAAGAAGAGGACGAUGCUGAAAUAACAGAUGACUCCGAUGAAGAUUUUAUACAGCCACGCAGAAAACGUCUAAAAUCAGAUGAAAGACCAGUGCAUAUAAAGUAACCUGAUUUAAACGGACCUAAACUAUUGUAAAAAGAAAGAAACAUAUUUAAGUGUUCCUGGAAUAUUAUCUUGCCUUCAGUGGCCAUCUUAUUGAAGCUGAUAGUAUUCAGACAGUAUUAGAUUGCAAAAAGCAUUUGUACAGAAACAUUCUUGUCAAAAGGGGAAAAAAGCUUUCAACCUCUGUUGAUUUUGUGUUUGGUUUUUUUAAAGUGUUUGAUUUACAUUUUCUUUUUUCACUCCCUCAUUUCUCAGAUACAGAGGUGUGGGAUGAAUGUUGAUAAACAAGUUUUUAUAUGACAACAUUUGUACAAACAGUGAACCCUUGUCACAACUUAAUAACCAUUUCUGCAAGACUGGACCAAGGCAGUCAUGUUUCAUACUCGUACUGGACUGCAGUUUAAACUGCAAGACACCUUCCUCAGCAUUCUCUUCAAUGCAACCCUAAGUGUGAAUUGGAUAGUUUUUAUUCAUCGUCUCAUCUAAAUCGUAUUGCAAGUAUCAUAUUCUGUGUUGGGUCUAAUAGCUAGGUUCCGCUUUCUUUUACUGACCUUGUAUAGAAAUACUGUAAUGAUCAUUAAAUAAUUUUGAAUUGGAGAAUGCAGGAGUGCGAGUUCUUCAUAUGUGCUUCAUUAAGUCUGGUUGCAAUUAAUGCUUUUCAGUAGAGUUCAUGGUGCUGUAUGAAAGUCCUAUCCACAGAACACUUAAGUGAAUAUCCUCUUGGAAUUUGUUAAUCCAAUUUUUCUCCCCUGAAAAGGCAGGAUGUUGGCUGCAAUACUGGUUAUAUAGAUUUUAGUACUCAGAAUAAUAUUAUAAACUUAAUAACUGGUGACUGUCCCGUCUUCCCUUAUAACAGUUUCUGAUAGUUUGCUAUCAGAAAGCAGUAACUUUGUCAACUACCAAAUGUGUAAAAUUUCCUGUAUUCACUCUGUCUUAUUUGUAAAUAAUGGUACUGUAAAUCAUUUCGGACAGCAACAUUUGCUGCUCUGUUUUUAAGCUAAUAUGUAUUCUUACUAAUGUUCCUAAUCAAGAGUGGAUUUGUAAUAUGUUCUCUAUUUCUAAAACUAUUCAUAGUCUGAAGUUCUAUAUUAUUUUGUUAGAGCUAUUCAAGAGGGUUUUUUUUUUCAGAAGCAGCUUAAAUGAAAUGUCUAACAAAAGGAAAACAAGCCCACUGAACCUGAAUCACUUGUCCAUCCUUAAAAUAGAAAACGUUCAUGGACCAGUGUAUCAGACAAGUGACUUCAGGAUAGAUAAUGAAAAUGGGCCUGUACCCAUUAUGAUAAUCUGCAUGCAAAGAAGUUCAUCAGUUCUGCCUUGAUGGCAAUAUUGAGAACAGAAGUGUCUCUGCAUCAUUGUAAUUCAGUGUUGAACAGGUAAAAUGCCUUAUAUGCUUGGCCUGGUUUGUUUAAAUAGCACCAAAUAACACAAUUUCAAGCCCCUGUACAAAAUAUUUUAUUGUUGUGCCAGUUUUUUUUAAACAUUAGACCACACUGAGGUGACCAAAAUGUAUGCUAUGAAACAGAGUAAUUCGUCAUGGUCAAGCCUUCAUAGUGUAUAAAGAUCAAAUGUAAUUGAUCCAUACACUAGAUAUUAGUAGUUUCAAUUGCACAAUGUAUUGUCCCAGUAAUGCUCUAGAGAAUUUUAAUACAAAUGCUUGUUUUCAUUUUCUCUAUGCAGACAGAUGAAAAGUGUAGAAAGGAUGUAAUCGUUCCAAAUGAUUAAAGAUAUUUAUGGCUUUGAUAUACUUUAUUAGAUAAUCUUUAACACUGCUUAUAAAGUGGAUGGAUCCUACAGAAUUCUGGGAUCUUUCAAGUGUUUUCAAAAGUUUGGUCUAGCAAAUGAAGUAAUUUUAAAUUGCCUGUAUUUGAAUAUAGUGGGUUUGAAUAUAGUCAAUAGUUGCCCUAAUAAAUGACCUGGUCAAACAUUAUUUUCUUUGUUGGAAAGUCAAUAAAAUAGCAGUGGAAGAAAGUCACAGACAACAUUCAGACUGGGCUCUAUCAUUUUUUAAUACGUGGGAAUCACCUGACCUUCCACUUAAAAUCCAGUGAUGGAGUCAUAGAACUAGGAAAUUCUCAUGUAUAGAUAAGUAGUGCAGCCCAGUCUGAAUAUUACUUUCUAUACUAAAGUGAGGCAAUGACAUAUAUGAACUGAGAAUUUGUUCCCUAUGUUAAUGACUGAGUUCAUACAACAAGACAGUCCAUUGUGAUGGGUAACUAGCCACAGUAGGCUGUCAUGUUAUUUGAACGCAAUCUGCCUCUUGCAGUGUGGAUUGUUCUAGGACAUUUUUGUUCCAUGAUGGGUUGUCAUGUCGUCCAAACCCAGAAGAACUAAUUCAUAAUGGGUUGUGGGGAUUAGCUACUGAGCUACCCUGCAGAAAACCUUGCCAUUCUUUGCAGUCUCAUCUGUGCUGCGACCAGUGUAAGUCCCUCCAUUGUUCCUAAGCAACACUUUAAGUGAUGGUCACUGAUUUGACACCUUAAAAAAUGGACACAGAAAACUGUGGAACUGUUUAUUGUUAUUUUUGUCUUUCACAUUUGUGCAUGUGUACAGUUACAGCUGUCUGAUACAAGUAGGCUUUACUUUGUAAAUUUUAACUGUCAAAUGGAACGUGGUAAGUGGAGUAGGUAUCAGAUGGACAAGACAAGAUUACACAUAAGCUAAUUUGCACACAUUUGCCUGGUGUCAUUCAAAAGAAAAAGUGAAAUUAGAUGCACCAAAUGGGGCUGGCAAUAUUAUCACCCUCUUGGCAAUGUAAUUACCUGAAUUUUAAGCUUUGAAGAGACAGUUCUCACUCUCCUUUACUAUUUCCAGCUUGGGAAGAAAGAGGAGUUAGCACUACACCCACCUUCUUGGAGGGGCUUACUAUUACGGUUUCUGCAUAUCCCUGGCAGUUCUAAAGAAAGUAACAGCUGAAUGGCACUGAAUGAAUAGAGCCCUGUAAGAGGGGGAUAGGUAGAAGUACCACUGGUCAUGGUGCCUCACUGGAUUCCUCUUCUGCCACCUCUAAGGUGUCCAAACAAAACCUGUUGGACAUAUAGGCACAUUUAGUUGAACUGGAAAAUAUAUGCAAAUUUAACAGUUGAGAGGUGAAUGGAAGAGAAAUUUCUGCACGUGCAGUAACAGCACUUUGCUUCCAAGCCAUUAAAUUUUCAUAUUUUUCUCUUCCACUCACCAGUGAUUAUAUUUUUGCCUAUUUCAUUAGUCAAAAAAUAAAUAACGUUUUUAAACUGCCACGGGUCUGCUGUGACCAUACCACCAAAUGUUCCAAACACUUGGGGAGUUAUUUUCCCUUUCUGGAACUGGCAAGUGUUGAAAUGGUGAACAAAUGGUGAGCACUGUUAGUUCAACACUUGAAGGAUUACAUUGCUACAGAUGUGAUACUGUCUUCACCCCCUUUGGGUGCACCUACUUUCUCCAUUUUUUCCCUUUUCAUUUUCAGCUGAUAGUGUGGCAGUUGACAGCUGUAAACUGUAGGCAAAUUAGCCUUUAUGAAAUCUUGCCGUUUCAAUUUCCAUGUUUAUUACUUCCUGAACUUUCCUCUUUGACAGCUGAAAAGUGUGAGACCAUUGACACAAGAAGACUACUUGUGUUGGACUGCUAUAAAUGUGAACCUGUGGAAUACCAACAAAGGUAAUAAAAAUGUAAGACAAACCCAGCUGCACAAUUUUCAGUGGCCAAAAGGAAUAAAAAAGACCCCCAGCUGCACUCUUUAGAAGUUCCUAUUUUUAAAAAAACACAUGUAGUGAUGAAUGAAAAGGGGAGCACAAAGAGAUGAUGGGAGCACAAAGAGAACACUGGACUACCAGCUGGAGGAUAAGGCAAGAGCAAUUUAUGGUGAGCAUCAAUUACCUCUUCGGCCCACUGUGGAUUAUUCUGCAAACAAUCUACACUGCCAGUGUGUUUACUUUCUCACAAAAUCCCACAAAAUUUUAGUGCAUGCACUUAUAACUGGCAUUUUGAGAAAAUCACUGAAUACCAGUAGGGAAGUGUAAUACAAGGUGCUUAAUACUGGAUGAGAAUUUAAUGUGAUUGUACAUGACAUUUUCUAGUAUCUCAAUUUGCAAUACAGGCUCCGUGGAUCUUGAAUUGCAGAGUUUCCUUAGUAUCUAGAAAUUUUGUUUUCUGUACUUCAUAGAAUAUUUUAUAACUGGCUUUCUAAUAUUAUCUGAAAGCUGCAAUCUUGUCAACAUUUGCAUUUAUCUUUUUAGAUUUCUUAAAUUGAACUAUUUAACUCAACUAUAUGCAGGAUCCCUGUACACAAGUGGCAAUUGUCAUUUAGCCUCUAGUUGAUUUUUGAGAUUUACAGUUUUGCAAAUUUCAGUGCAAAUAGAGAAAAACUGUAUUCUUUUGAAGUUUACUUGUUAUGAAAUUAUCUUUUCAGAUAAGUUGUAUUUUUGGUUGUUUUUUCCAUUUGAUUACCUACCACCAGAAAUGUAUAUAAUCAGAUGUUAUACACAAAUUCUACAAAUUGCCAGUUUAAGUUCCUCAUGGAACUAGAUGACUGUGGUUUGUGACUCCAUUUCAGAAUCGAUAGAUUUUUUCCAGUGUGUUGACAUGAUUUAUUCAAACUAAAAAUGUUGCCAUUGGUGCAGUUUAAGAGCAGCCUCUAUUUGCAGUUCAUGGAUGUCUGUGCAAUAAUUGAGCUAUACUGGGAAUGAUUUUAUGUUAGAGACCCGGUUUGUAAUGGAUAGUGGAGCUUCCCUUGCAUGUGCUAUGGAUUUGCCUGUGCUGCAUAAAUUACAAUGUAAGUUUUGUGUAAUGUGGUCCCAAGAUCCUCUUGUCACCUAAUUUGACUCUUAAGCUCUGAUUUUAAAUGUUCUUGAAAAGCAGUAAUUUCAAAUCUCUCGGUUGUAUAUGUUUCAAAAGUUUAAGUUAAUCCAAAGAAGAAAAAGGCAGUUUGCUUUGAAACAGGAAGGACGACAAGUGUACAGCGUGCCGACUGUGGACUUCUCAAUUACCUCAGCAGGUCCCCUGCCAUGUAAUUACUAGUGAUUAGGGUUAGUUUAACCAGCUAAGUAUGUUCAGGUCGGUCUUGACUGUGCCCUGGAAUUAAGUGUCCUAUCAUAUACUAUUAAGGCUGAAUUACUAUCCAAAAAAGGGUGUUCCCCCCAGUUUUUAAAAUAGAUAUGCUGUUAAAUGUAGAUAACCUUUUUUCAUGUGAAAAGAUCCCCAUUAAAACUAUUUGAUGUGGCAUUGACUGUCAGGAUACUUUCAGCAUUGAUAAUGGAAUGUUUUAUAAACAUUCUUCCAAGCCACUGCAACCAACAAAUAUUUUUAACAACAACCCCAAUUUGCUAUUCUGUUGUAUAACUUAGUUUAUUAGCCAGCCCUAUUUAAGUGUAGGUAAUGGCCACAGUAUGUUGAAGUUGGAUAUGUAAUGUACUUGGAUGUAGGCUUCUUCUUUUUCUGCCUCUUUUCCCCACUUUUCCUAGGAAAAAGCAAUAAAACUGCUUUGUCUGUUGCCUGUUUAGCAUGGCAGGAAUCCUCUUCCUUUGGAUAGUGGUUUUAUAGGAAAGUUUUUGUAUGUGUAUCACCCAAGUCUAGCUUUAAAAAAAAAAUAAAGUGUGGAGUUACAGUGUGGCAUUUUAUUUAAAAAAUUGGGGAAAGUUAACAUAUUUUUUUAAAAAGUAGUUGUUUGAGUAAAUAAUGGAAGUACUUUUUUAAAAACUUUAUAUGCCACAAUUUACAUAGACAUAUUUCAGACUAUUGCAUAAGACUUGUGAUGUCAAGUAUGGCCACCACUUUACCUUUUCAACGUUGCACAUGCAGUAAUUCCAUCCAUUGUACUUUCUCUGGUUUUUUGCUUGCUUUUCCUCUCCUUUUAAAAUCUGAACCAUAUUUUUUAAAAAAUGAGUUUUGUUUAUUUAGUAGUUGAUUUACAGUAACAAAAUGCAGUUUGCCUCUUUCUGUUUGAGGGCUUUUUAAAGCUGAGGAGCUGCUUCUUUUAAAGUGAUUUGCAACUUUGUACAAAGAAAUGCAAAGAGUUUUAUAGAUCUCUCAUUUGUUUCAGCAUUCCCCUUAGUGUGAACAUAAAUUUCAAAAUAGAAAGUGAUGCAUGUUAAAGGCCUGCAGAUGUGGGCAUUCUUUCAGUUCAAAAUGCCAUUAAACAUGUAUAUAACAGGUCUAUAAAGAUUUGUGCAAUUGAAAGCCUGUUUUAUAUGUACACAUACAAAUCAAAGGGUUCAAUUCCCAACAUUCUUUUUUUCUGGUAAUUAAAACUGGUACUUUUUGCACAUAGUUAACUUUACUGAUUCUUCAAAAAAAAGUGCUGUUUCUGUGGUAUUGUAUUCUCUGAAUAAUAUUUAAUUUUUUAACAAGUUAACGUUUCUAAUUGUUCAGUUCCUGUGUUUUUUGGCUGGUGUGUAAUAAAGGCAUUUUCCUUUACAUGAUUAUUUAAUACAUUUAGCAGCCUGUAAAUAUUUCUUGUUAAAUGCUCUGGAAUGUGGUGUAGCAGUUGUACUAGAACAGUUUUAAAAACAUUGUUUUGAAAACCACUUGGUUUUGGUUAUUUCUAUUAAAUUAGAAAACGAA